CUCCGAAAAAGACUUUCUUGCCAUUGUCAUUCACACAAUCACCUUUUUUCAAUUUCGGCGAGAAAACGACCCAUCUCUCUCAUCCCUCAAAAUGGCCACCAACGGCAGCAACAUCUCGCCUUUCCGCUACAGCAAGGCCACCGACGACACCACCACCGCAACCAACAAUGGCCACUCCUCUGCCUCCCCCGAACCCAUCACCGCCGCUUCGACCAAACAAACCAAAAUUCUCCAAACCACAACCUCCAACCCCUCAGUCCAAUCCUUCGCCGUAAAAGCCGGAUUGGCCCAAAUGCUCAAAGGCGGCGUAAUCAUGGACGUAGUCGACGCAGCUCAAGCCCGAAUCGCCGAAGAAGCCGGAGCCUGCGCCGUCAUGGCUCUCGAAAGAGUCCCAGCCGACAUCCGCAAAGACGGCGGCGUAGCCCGCAUGUCCGACCCCUCCAUGAUCCAAGAAAUCAUGCGAACCGUCACCAUCCCCGUCAUGGCAAAAGCUCGAAUCGGACAUUUCGUGGAAUGCCAGAUUUUACAGGCGGUAGGAGUGGAUUAUAUUGAUGAGAGUGAGGUGCUGACGCCGGCGGAUCCGGUGAAUCAUGUUGAUAAGAAUGCAUUCAAUACGCCUUUUGUGUGCGGGUGUAGGGAUCUUGGAGAGGCACUAAGAAGGAUUUCCGAGGGUGCGGCGAUGAUCAGGACCAAAGGUGAGGCGGGGACGGGAGAUGUCGUGGAGGCUGUGAGACAUAUGCAGACGGUGAAUGCGCAGAUUGCUAGAGCGAGUUCAGCCUCUGAGGCGGAACUCAGACAGAUGGCUAGGGAGUUGGAGGUUGAUCUUGCGCUGUUGAAGCAGACUGCACAGCUCAAGAGGUUGCCUGUGGUCAACUUUGCGGCUGGUGGGAUUGCGACGCCUGCUGAUGCUGCGUUGAUGAUGCAGAUGGGUUGCGAUGGUGUAUUUGUGGGAUCGGGAAUCUUCAAGUCCGGAGAUGCUGCGAAGAGAGCUAAGGCUAUUGUGCAGGCUACCACACAUUACAAUGAUCCUAAGGUGUUGGCCGAGGUCAGCAUGGGUCUUGGAGAGGCUAUGGUGGGCAUCAACUGUGACAAAAUGGCGCCAGAGGAGAAGUAUGCCAAGCGUGGAUGGUAAAGUGGAGACGAGUGGUUGCACUCUUUUGUAUGUAUGCAUAGCAAUGGCGUCUCCUCUCGGCAAAAAUAGCGAAGGAUCAACUUCGGAGAACCAGCGCCUCACCGCGGCUGGAGCUAGGGUAUGCAUGAACGUAAUACGAGAUGAUCAUGGACUGAAUCGAGGCUGUAUCUC